AUGCGCGCCGGCAACGUUCACCUGCAGCCCUUCCACCGGGUCCUCUCCGCGUCCCUCUCGCGGCGCUUCCCAGAGGCGAUCGCCGAGGCCGGCGACACCGUCGGGCUCACCAUUGACACGCUGCGCGACGUGGAGCGCGGCGCGUCGGCGCUCGUGCUGUUGUGUGUGGACUUGACGGAGCAGGUGCUCUCCGAGGCGGCUUCGGCGCGCGCCCACUUCGUGGUGACGUACUCGCCGAUGCCGCACUCCCCCUUCACGACGCUCUCGACGGACGACGUCCUUGGCCGGAUCGUGCUCGGCUGUGCAAAGCACCAGAUUGCGGUGCACUCAGUGCACUCGGCGUGCGACGCGGCGAGCGGCGGCGUGAACGCCUGGCUCGCCCGCUCGCUCGCGCGCGGCGUCGUGCGCCCCAUCGUCAAGCACCCGAAGGUUGCCGACGCGGGGCAAGGCCGCGUGCUCGAGUGCGACGAGGCGACUCCGAUCUCUACGGUGGUGGAGCGGCUAAAGGCUUUGCUGGGGGUACGCUUCCUGCGGCUCGCGCUGGCCGCGGUGGUCGCGCCCGAGGCGCUCGCAAAGGCGCAGGAGUUCCUCACGGUCAAGACGGUGGCGGUGGGAGAGGGCGCCACCCUGCUGCGAGGCUGGACGGGGGACUUGCUGGAGCUCGAGAGCGAGUUCGCAGACUCGGACUGGAACGUCCUCUUCAAGUGA